UUACCCAUAUGACGCCAUAGCGCUGCAGCUGCAUAUCGUAUGAACGAUGAGGGAUCCUGAUCUGUUGACAGAUAUUCCAGAGCUGUCAAAUGAUUCGCUCGAGAUGGACCUCAGCAUUCAUCCGGAGAGGCAAAGAUUCCCUUUUUGUAUCGUUUGGACUCCGCUACCGUUAAUAACAUACCUUCUACCAUUUAUCGGACACAUGGGCAUUGCAACGUCAACAGGAGUAAUAAGAGAUUUUGCUGGCCCUUAUCAUGUCUCCGAAGACAACAUGGGAUUUGGUAAACCUACCAAAUAUUGGCAACUAGAUUAUACUAAAGCCAAGGGAACCAUACAAGGAUGGGACGCUGCUGUUGCAGAAGCGAGUGAAAUUUAUAAAACUAGAAUGCACAAUAUAUUUUGCGAUAAUUGCCAUUCACAUGUAGCAAAAGCUUUGAACUUGAUGGCCUAUAAUAACUCAAAUAACUGGAAUAUGGUGAAACUGGCUUUGCUUAUGUUGCUUCAUGGAAAAUAUGUAAGUGCUUUGGGAUUCCUUAAAACUUGGUUACCAUUCUGCAUAUUUGUUACAAUUGUAUUAGUAUUAAGUUUAUGUAUAUAGUAAUUAUAAGAUAUAAAUCGAUUUAUAAUAA